UAUUAGAUCGAAAUUUUAACGAACCCAUUCUCCCAAUUUGUUUCCUCUCUCUUCAUAUAGUAAUUUUCCUCGCCAUAUUUUGCUAAAUAGAAAGUAGCAGAUGGCGGAGAGGCAGCUGAUCGUGGCAGUUGAAGGCACCGCCGCCAUGGGUCCCUACUGGCAGACCAUCCUUUCUGAUUACCUCGAAAAGAUUAUCAGGUGUUUCUGUAGUAACGAAUUGGCCGGUCAGAAGAAUUCUACAGCAAAUGUUGAACUUUCAUUGGUUACGUUCAACACGCAUGGAUCAUACUGUGCUUGCCUAGUACAACGUAGUGGGUGGACAAAAGAUGUUGAUAUUUUCUUACAAUGGCUGUCGGCCUUACCUUUUUCUGGUGGUGGUUUCAAUGAUGCUGCAAUUGCUGAAGGGCUUUCUGAAGCAUUAAUGAUGUUUCCCAUUGCUGCAAAUGGAAAUCAAAUCCAUCAAAUUGUUGAUGGGCAAAGACAUUGCGUUCUCGUUGCUGCCAGUAAUCCUUACCCUUUACCUACACCAGUUUACCGACCACAGACUCAAAACUUGGAGCAAAGUGAAAAUAUGGAAUCACAGACAGAGAGUCGUCUGUCUGAUGCUGAGACAGUAGCUAAAUCAUUUUCUCAGUGUUCUGUUUCUCUAUCUGUGAUAUGUCCGAAGCAGCUUUCAAAGCUAAAAGCAAUCUACAUAGCUGGAAAGAGAAACCCCAGAGCACCAGAUCCACCUGUUGACAAUGUUCGAAACCAUCAGUUUCUUGUUCUCAUUUCGGAAAAUUUUAUGGAGGGCUGUGCUGCUUUAAGUCGCCCUGGAGUUCCAACUUUGGCACCCAAUCAGAGUCCUGUCAAAAUGGACAUGGCUUCUGUCACUUCGGUUACAGGGACACCUCCAACUUCUGUUCCAUCAGUGAAUGGAUCUAUGAGCCGGCAACCUGUCUCUGUGGGAAAUGUUCCCACUGCUACUGUAAAAGUUGAGCCCACAACAAUAACAUCCAUGACGAGUGGACCUGCUUUUCCACAUGUUUCAUCUGUUCCCCGUGCACCAUUUCAAGCAGUCCCAACCUUGCAAACUUCGUCACCGUUGACAACUACCGAAGAAGUGACUAGAAGUAGUGACAAUUUGCAAGAACUAAAACCUUCUGUAAAUGGUAUGACACAGCCUUUGCGUCCUGUGCCUCCAGCUGCUGCAAACGUCAACAUACUAAACAAUCUUUCACAAGCAAGGGUGAUGAACUCUGCUGCUUUAACUGGAGGAACUUCUAUUGGACUUCCGUCAAUGGGUCAAACUCCCGUCGCCAUGCAUAUGUCCAAUAUGAUAUCUAGUGGAAUAACAUCCUCUGUGCCUCCGGCUCAAACUGUAUUUUCACCUGGGCAAUCGGGUAUGACUUCAUUAACUGGUUCAGGAACUGUUACAGGGACUACACAAGUUCCAGCAAACUCAAGUCUUAAUUCAUUUGCUUCGGCAACUUCUAAUGUGACUGGAAGUUCAAACAUUGGAAUAUCACAACCAAUGGGUAAUGUUCAAGGAACGGUGAGUAUGGGCCAGUCAGUACCUGGCAGCAUGAGCCAAGGAAACCAUUCAGGAGCACAAUUAGUGCAAACUGGAGUUGGCAUGAGCCAGAGCAUGAAUGGUCUUGGUCCAUCAACUGUUUCUUCUGGAACUGGUGCAAUGAUGCCUACUCCAGGAAUGUCUCAACAGGUACCAUCUGGAAUGCAGACACUCGGAGUGAACAACAGUUCAGCUGGGAGUAUGCCCCUAUCACAACAGACAUCAAGCGCUUUGCAAUCAGCCCAAUCCAAAUAUGUUAAAGUCUGGGAGGGAAAUUUAUCUGGUCAAAGACAAGGGCAGCCAGUGUUCAUCACCAGAUUGGAAGGUUAUCGGAGUGCCUCAGCUUCUGAGACACUUGCCGCACACUGGCCACAAACCAUGCAAAUAGUUCGUCUUAUAUCCCAGGAUCACAUGAAUAACAAGCAAUAUGUCGGGAAGGCGGAUUUUUUAGUUUUCAGGGCAAUGAAUCAGCAUGGAUUUCUCGGACAGCUGCAAGAGAAGAAGCUUUGUGCUGUAAUCCAAUUGCCAUCACAGACAUUGCUUCUUUCAGUUUCUGAUAAAGCUUGCCGCUUGAUAGGAAUGCUUUUUCCCGGGGAUAUGGUUGUCUUCAAACCACAAACAUCAAGCCAGCAUCAACAGCAGCAAUUGCAACAGCAGCAGAUGCAACAGAUGCCACAGCUUCAACAGCAGCAGCAACUGCAACAACAGCAGCAACCACAGCAGCUCCCACAUUUGCAACAGCAACAACUCCCUCAGCUGCAACAGCAGCAGCAGCAACAACAACAGCAGCAGCAGCAGCAACAACAGCAGCAGCAGCUCUCCCAGCUGCAGCAGCAACCUCAGUUGCCCCAGCUACAGCAACAACUUCAGCAGCAGCAGCAGCUAGGCCAGAUGCAGCCACAGCAGCAACAAAUGGUUGGAUCAGGAAUGGGUUCAGGUUAUGUACAAGGUCCAGGCCGGUCACAAUUAGUUUCUCAAGGGCAAGUUUCAUCACAGGCCCCAUCUAACAUGCCUGGAGGAGGCUUUAUGAGUUAAUCAGCCAUACUUUGGAAUUUCCUGGCUGAUUAUUAUUAUCAUCAUCAUUAUUUUGGUAAAUAGAUAAAAAAAACUAGUUAGGAUAACAAAACGAUGCAUCUGAUUCCGAAGCUUGUCUAGUUAUAUCUCUAACUUUAAUAAGGAAUUUAUAUGUAUGUGAUCACCUUGGUUACU